UCCCGGCUCGUGCUCAACCAAUAACCACUGUCUGAAUUAUUUUGGAAAAGACGAAGUCGCUAGCGCCCCUAGUGGCUACUGCCGUUUAUAAUAGCGCGAAGAUUUAAAAUAGUUCGAAGUUCGAAGAAAAAUUAAAUUGUCUAGUUUGAGACUGGUACUUAGGUCAUGUUGAGUGACUGUUACUGUAGUCGAAAUGUGAGGAGAUCGUAAAUGCCCACCGUCAUGCAAUCAUAGGUUAUAGUAACCCUUUGUUUCAUGUGCUGCUGGGACAUUGCCUGUAACAUUUCAUGUCGUGAAGUGUGAGGAUUCACCUUCAUAAUGAACCAGCAGACUACAACCAAAACACCCUGUCGGGCAGUUGGUUUGAGGAGGAUUCCAAGUGCAUCAAAGUCGGAACCCAUUCUGACAUCUGCCUGUACGUCUCAUGAUAACGAUGCGACACCAAAGUCUCAUUGCAGUUCCCUCAAAAUAAAACCUAUGGUAAGAAGAAGUUUGCCUCCCCUAAGAUGUCUGAGCAACAUAGACAUGUCUCCUGCUGAAGCCGGGGAAUCCAAGAAAGAGAAUCCUGAUAUGACAUCAAAGCGAACUUUUUCCCCAAACGAAAUCUCUGAUGCCAAUGCUACGAAGAAACUUAAAAUUUGUUCAACUACUACUUCACCAACACUAGAUGACUUACAAUCUCUAAGAAGAAGGAUAGCUGCCAAGGAGAAACGAUUGAAAGAACUACGCCAAGCUGAAAUCAUUUGUAAAAAGCACAAUCCAGAGAAGCUGUCCAAAGAAAUCCAACAGUGGCUUUGUGGCUGUCAAGAGGCAUUGCAGGACUUGCUGGAUGCGGUCAAUGCUAAAGGGCAUGACGCAGACAUGGAAAAGUUAUUACUGGAGCUUGGUAUUCCCUGUGAAUUAGUUCAGUUUAAUAAUGAUACUCAAGAAUUUGAAAAUGGAACUAAAUAAUCAAAUAAAAUGUUCAUUUUUUUAUAAAAUGAAUUAUGUCUAGGAAA